AUUCCUCCCAUUGUAGCAUCAUCCCCGAUAUGUUUGUUAAACCGAAUGAUGCCUUGAACACAAUCGUGGAGAAGGUCGUCAUCAAAUCCUUCGUCAUCUGGUAUGACAACUCGUCACCGACUCGCAACAAAGCACAAGCCAUCAAGAUGAUGUUCGAAGCCAGCGAGUUCAUCGAAGAGCAUAAGGACUCCAUUCAAAGAGAAGACUUCCAACAUCUAGUAAAGUUGACUAAGCGCUUCGACCAUGCAAAACAAAACACCAAAACGCGAUGGCGGGACUUGGCGAAGCAUCCGAUCAAGACGUACAACCAUGCGCGCGAGCUCAGGGGAUUGUCAAACCAGCUCAUGGAUGACGCAAUGACUGCUUCUGCUCGGGGAAAGGUAGAACGGGCAGAACGAGAACGGCGUGCAGCAGCCGAAGCCCAUAAGACUGAGGUGGCUAAGUCAAGCAACAAUACCCAGAGCCCUCGGGCGCCCCCAAACCCUGCGAUUAUCGCGCCGACGGGUAGCGCUGUUCACACCGCUAAUGACCUGCCUCCUGGGUGUCCUCAAGCGAUAGAGUCUAGACAAGUGCCUGCCGCUGCACAGGCAGGCGUGCCACUUCGCAUCUCCACUCCUAACGGACAUGUGGAGUUUCCCGCCAACAUCGGUAUAACAGCAACAUAUCACCAAGGGUACAGUGUUUUCAAAGUCAUUCCUGACACGCAAAAUCCUGCCCAAGCCAGCGAACAGAAGACGAUCAGAAGAUCCGUGUCUAUUUACUCAGUGACACAGACGAAGCGUGUUGUGACCUCUAAUCGCUCUAAGAAACGUCACACCACCAAGUCGCACACGAGCGGAAACGAGAGCGAGAAUGAGACUGAGGGCACAGACGACGAUGUCGUCCUCGGUCAACAAACCGCCUCAGAGGAACUUGAGGUUGUCAAACUCACCGACGAAGAGGCGGAGGCCUUCGAAGAUGCCCUCGAGGAUUUUCUUGAAGCCUCUGACGAAUUUACCGUCCAGGGGUUUGACGAAACCUCUGAUACACCUGCAGUAGACGAACAGGCAGACGCCUCUGACUGUACAUGUUCCCCCGGGCCUCAGUGAAGAAGGUGCGAUCUGAUGUAUAUGUAUUGUACCACGUUAGGUGACCCGACCUGUAGCCGUACUGGCAUAAUCUGGUGGCACUGUUGCUUAAAUCUCGUCUAUGUAGCUCUGUUUUAGGACGUCAGUCAAUGUUGAGAUCAGUUGUCGAUAUCAAAUGUCCUU